CCCGCGGCUCCGGCUCCUCCGGCCGCCCAUGCCCCGGCCGCUGCUCCCGCCGGGGAGGCCGCGAGGGGCCCAGCCUCGCACAGCGGCUUUUGAAUUCGUGUGAGCUGUUGGAGGGUACCCUUUGGAAAAAAAAAACAAGGGGUGCAAGGGCUCCAGUUGUGCGCUUCUCCGGGGGUUUCUUUGCGUCUUUGUUUACCUUGGAUGGCUGCUGCAUUGCUGGAGACCACAUCUAGCUCACCCAGCCUCCUAGACAACGUGCUCAAUGCUUUGAGACUGGAAGGACCUUGCUCUGCAAUGAAGAUGGAGGCAGCAGGAAAAGCAGAAGAACUUGUUGAUUCAGAAAUUCCACCUCAGACAUCUGAAAAGCAAGACACUGCUCCUGAUGAAGAGAGGCCUAUAGAACUCGAGACACAGCCUCAGAAGGACAGCGUGCCCGCUGCAGCAGACUCUGCAGUGCUCUCUUCCAUGCCUUGCUUGCUGAUGGAACUGAGGCGGGACUCCUCGGAGUCUCAGCUGGCGUCUACUGAGAGCGACAAGCCAGCAGGUGGCCGAGUUUAUGAGAGUGACUCUUCUAACCACUGCAUGCUUUCCCCUUCCUCCAGUGGGCACUUGGCCGACUCAGACACGCUGUCUUCCGCAGAGGAGAACGAGCCCUGCCAAGCUGAAGCUGCCGCGGAGGGAGACCCUUCGGCAGCGUCCGGGGCUGCGGUCGGGAGGAAAUCCAGGAGAUCCAGGUCUGAAAGUGAGACUUCAACAAUGGCUGCCAAGAAAAACCGACAGUCUAGCGAUAAGCAGAACGGCCGAGUUGCCAAGGUGAAAGGUCACCGGAGCCAAAAGCACAAAGAGAGGAUCCGGCUCCUGAGGCAGAAGCGGGAGGCGGCUGCUCGCAAGAAGUACAACCUGCUGCAGGACAGCAGUACCAGCGACAGUGACCUGACGUGUGACUCCAGCACGAGCUCGUCAGACGACGACGAAGAGGUUUCAGGGAGCAGCAAGACAAUCACUGCAGAGAUACCAGAUGGACCCCCUGUUGUGGCUCACUAUGAUAUAUCAGACACAAACUCAGACCCAGAAGUGGUAAAUGUGGACAAUCUGUUGGCGGCUGCAGUAGUUCAAGAGCACAAUAAUUCUUUAGGAAAUCAAGACUCAGGAUCUGCCUGGAGAACCAGAGGGCUGCUGAACGAAAUGAGUGCUGAUACAGGUCGUUUGGAUCCAGGCUUCCUUGCAGGUGACAAAACCUCUUGUGGUAAUGCCCAGGCCAAUGAAGAAAUUAACAUUGCCUCUUCUGAUAGCGAAGUAGAGAUUGUUGGAGUUCAGGAACAUGCCAGGUGUGUGCAUCCCAGGGGAGGGGUGAUCCAGAGCGUGUCCUCCUGGAAGCGCGGCUCGCCGUUCGGGAGCGCCCAGCCCGCGCAGCCAUGGACAGCAGUGGCUCCCCAGCAGAACUGGUCCUCGCCCCCAGAAGUGGUGGACCUCACUCUGGACGAGGACACCAGGCGCAAAUACCUCCUGUAAGGCCCUGUCACUGUGCUCUGGCCCCCUCCCCUGCUGCCCUCCCUGGCAACAGAAGUUCAGUGGUUAAACCAUCACCUCCAGAGGCCCCGUCCUUGGCACCAAGAAACCCAAACCCGCGGCGUUUCUCCACGUCCACAGGAAUGUCGUCUGAUUUCAGUAUCACUUCAAAUGGCUUUGCCUUCUCCGAGGAGGAUUACUGCCCAGAAUUAACAGCACCAAAUCUAGAACACAUCUGCAGUUACUAACGUGUGCGUGUAUAUCUAACGAAAUAACUGCGUGCAAACUUGCGUCCUCCCACCCUCCCCACCUCCCAGCUCCAGGACUUUUUUUUAAUUUAUCAGUAUCUUGAGUUUGUUAGUAGAAGUUAGUGUGUUGCUGUGUGAGCAUCGGUGAUUUUAAGAAAUGCUGUGUCCUCACCAAUUUCAGCGGACCUGGGGGGGGUAUUCAACACUUCCAAUUUGGGCCAGGAGUAUUUUUACCCUAGCUGAUUUGGUUAUGCCACCAGCAGGAGGGAUUGUCUUUAAUGCAAAUGGCCCGUAACAAAUGCACUGAACAGCUUUAAUUAAAACAUUUUUAUUUUCAAUGUAAUUUAUACUCCAUACUCUUCAGUGCUGAGUCUUCUGUCCACUUGACUACUGUGUUUCACUGGUCAAUUCCCACAGCUUGAAAUGGCUAAAAUAGUAAUAGUAGUGACAUAGGAACAGCUGAACAUUGCAAAAGCACAGGAAAAGGUAAUAAAAAGGCCCAGCAUCCCUCUCCUUUUUAAUUACAGCUGAACUUCUUUACCUCUAUCUGAGUUUCACCUGGAGUAGAUGAAGGAGAGGAAUUAAAUGUUUUAAUCACAGUCCCAAUCUGUACUGCUGCUUGUUUGUGUCAUUCACCAUCUCAGAAAAUAAAAAACAAAUCCCAAGCAAAUUCCAAAGCUCCAUCCUGGCAAAGGGGUGUUCAGCUGGGACCUGUUCCUGGAAUUUGUGGGGCCACUCAAGUGCUUAAAAACUCUGUCCUGAAAGAUGUUGCAGGAUCGGGGUCAGAAACUAAGGUUGUGGUUUUUAACUUUUUUUUUUUUUUUUUUUUUUUGUUAAACUAGUAAUCUGCACCAUUUCCCUGGCUUUCAAUCAUGCCUCUCAUGCUAGUUUUGGAAAUGCCAAGAUUCAGGAAACACUUUCUACCAGAGUAUUUACCAAAAUCAGUGGAACGACUCAUUUUAGCAGGCUGCAGUUUCUGUGGUGUAUAUGGAAAUUCCUGCCCCUUGUCCGUCAUUUUGAGCCUUUCCCAAGGCAAAAACCAAAGAUUAGACUUUAACAAGAUGAUAUUAUUCACUUUAAAUGUCUAUUGUGCAAUUGAAACAUUCCUUCAUAUUCCAGAUGUUUCUAUUGGGAAUUUUGUACAGCUCUGACAUUAGAUUUUUUACUAUUUAAGGCUGAACAGCGGUGGUCAGGACAUGGGAAGUUCUGCUUUCCUUUCAUGUCAGCUGGCUUUCAAAAUUUAAUUGGCUUCCCUUAAUUUUAUCUGUGGGCAAAAUAAAAAAAUUAAAAUAGAGUUGCCUGUGUUGUCACAUAAAGGAAAAACAGCUCAGCAGGGGGGUAUCGUUAGUAACAAACAUCUGUUUCUCCCAUAAGCAGAACAGUUCAUGCUGCACUUUACAGAGCAGCUAGGUAAGGAUUGAUAUUCCCAUUUCCAGCUUUCUAGAGCAUUGAACAUAACUGUCUUGCAUGGCCAGAAAAAUAUCUGUGAUGUUUUUAGUGACCAAUUCCUUUCUGUGGGAGGGAGGGAGG